AUGGCUUACCGGUUGCUGUCCUUGGCCCUCGCGGCCCCUCUUAUCACGCUCUCCGCGGCUGAGAGCACAUCUCGACGCUCUAUCACGUUUCAGGGCCCGCUAGAAGUAGAGCAUGGUGGUGCUCAGAACAUCAAUGUAUCUUACCAUGAGGAUGUCGACGGUGAGCUUACGAUCGUUUACGGCAACUGCGAUAUGACAUCACUCGACGAGGCCCAUCACCAGGUUGGCCGAACGCAUGUUGGCAGACACCCUCAUGCUAAACGACACGUCGACUGGCAAGCGCAGAGGCCAACCAAGUUUGUCUGGGUGGCACCCUCGAACGUUCCAGACGGAUGUCUUCACGCCUUCGUGGACGGACAGCUCGCAGGGCAGUCGCAGGAGCUGCGGGCUAAGAAGCGCAUGGUUCGUCGCAGACUGAGUUUCGCCGACGUCGCCGACCCCAUGGGACCUUGGUUUGAUGGCGUCGAAUACCUGCAGCAAAAGCAGCCGGACGAAGUGUUCGUGGCGCAGGUCAAGGACAAGAAAUUCGGCAUUCUGGGAGCCGGAAUCUCCGGUCUGUUCACAGCGCUCAUCCUCGACUCUGUCGGCAUCCACAAUUGGAAAAUUCUCGAGUCCUCCCACCGUAUCGGAGGCCGCAUGCUGACGAGCUACUUGAAUGGCACGAGCCCGGACGAUGGCCAAUACCACGAACUGGGUCCCAUGCGUUUUGCAGACGAGAUCACUGACCCUACCACGAAUGAAACGUUCCCCAUCAUGGAUCAGCGUAUGAUCUAUCAAGUCGCCGAUGUUCUCAACAAGAUGAACGCAGGCAACGACUCGCUUCAAGUCAAGUUUAUCGACUGGAUCCAAACGGCCGCUAAUACGCCCGUGUCGACCACGAAGCGCCGACCCGAUGGCACAUUCCCCGGCAGGACGGAGAUCGCCACAAACCCUGCCUAUUUUGAGCCCGCUCAAUACUCCAACGCCACGGCUGUUGCUGAAGCUCAACAAGCGCUGGACGAUUUCAAGGGACUCACUCCAGAGCGCAUCAAGUUCUACGCUACCAACAUUUUCCAAGCACACAAGCAGGCCGUGGAGCAGGGCAUGUUUGACUUCUCCGAGGUCGAAUACCUCCGCCACGUUAUUGGUACCGAUCUUAACGUUACAGAUGAGACGACGCCUUCGCAGGUUGUGUGGCCCAUGUGGGAGUACGAGACCGUGUACUUCAUGGCCAAGAAGUGGAAGACCAUCAAGGGCGGGCUCAGCCGUAUGCCAGAAGCCUUCGCCCCGCUUGUGAAGGACCGUAUUCAAUUCGGAGCCAAGGUCCACGGCGUCAAGCACCACGCCGACAACAAGACGCUCACCAUCUCGUAUCGCCCGACCGGCAGCAACCCCCGCGAAGUUGUCUCCACCAGGGAAUCAUUUGACUACAUCUUCAACAGUGUGCCCUUCAACCUUCUCCGCUUCUGGGAGCUGCCUCCUCACUCAAGCCUCAUGCGCCGCGCCAUCGACCGCACCGUCUUUGACGGCUCUGUCAAGGUUGCCAUCCAGUACAAGACGCGCUUCUGGGAGCAUCUCGAGCACCCCAUCAUCGGCGGCUGCGGUCGCGUCAAUGUGCCCCUCAUCGGCCAGAUUUGCUACCCGUCAUGGGACAUCAACUCCACAGGCCCCGGUGUGCUGCUCGCGUCGUACGUCGCCUCGUAUGACGCCACGGUCGCGUGCGCCAUGUCCGACGAGGAGCACAUUGCCUACAUCCAGCGCGCCAUGGUUGAAAUCCACGGCCCCGCAGCCGAGGAGAACUGGACGGGUAACUGGGAGAGACACUGCUGGGAGCACGAUGAGCAUCACGCCGGGUCAUGGGCCGUGCCCAUCGUGCCGCAGCAGCAGCUGUACCUGCCGGCGUUCUUCCACACCGAGUUCAACACGGUCUUCAUCGGCGAGCACACGAGCUACACGCACUCGUGGGUGUUCAGCGCGCUGGAGAGCGCAACGAGGGGCUCGGUGCAGAUGCUGCUGGAUCUGGGACUGGUCGACGAGGCGAAGGAGGUGACGAGGACGUGGAUGGCGCGGUGGAUCAGCGUGUAA